CUUUUAAAAUUCUUUAAAAAUUCCAAAUUUGAUCGGAAUCAUUUCAAAAUUGACAUUUAACAUAAGAACGUGUACAUGUGUUAGAAAAAAUUAUAAAAAUGGAGAAUUCUUUUAAAACCAUUUUUGACAAAAUACCCUGGUACAUUUAGGACGUAAAUUUUUGUUACAACUUUAAGAAUGAUUAUUCCCAUUUCUGAUACUGUGAUUAGACCUGCUUGAUGAUGAAGCCACCAGCACAACUACGGUAAGAACUGCAAAGAUGACACUCCUCGAUGAUGAUCCUGAGCUGAACAUGUCGAUACUUAAAACCGGAGAAAACGAGAGAGAAGGGGACGAUACCCUCUUCACUGAAAUAGAGGAUCACUCUGAUUUAUUAAAUGUGGGUACUUUGGAUGACGUCCUCAAAGUUGCUCACGAGAAACCGAAGAAGAAACCGAAGCCAAAGAGCGUCCAGAAACCUCUUGGAGCGUCACUGUUUGACGAUGAGAAGGAAAGAAAAGACGGAGUAGAUGCCAUGGGAACUGAUGACAUCAGUAAAUACAUACAAAUGAACCAGGAAGAGGACGAUGAUGAUCUGGAGUUGUUUUAAUAAUAAAUUAAUUUAUUACAAUUAUUAUUUUUAGGCUAAUUCUCAAUUUUAUUCUGUUUUAUAUUAUUAAACUCAUGAACGUAUACUAAAUCUCUUAUUAUUAUUAUUAUUAUUAUUAUUAUCAUUAUUAUUAUUAUUAUUAUUAUCAUCAUUACUAUUAUUAUUAUU